CAGGGGAAGGGGGGAGUAGUACCUCAAAUUUAAACUGUUGUCUUUUCUAGGUCUGUGCUGACAUCUUCUGGAGAAGUAGAGGUACUGCAGCCACUGUUGCAUCCGCACCAUUAGAUAUUCAGGCAACGAAUACAGUAGCCCUCUGAAGAGACCAAUACAUACUCUGCCUGUUAGUGCUAUAAUGACCUGUGCAAUUUUAAAUAUUUCGCUGCAACGUUAGUGAGCUAGGCCAGACUCAAAAUAAACCUGAUUUAUAUUGUGUUGUCAGAUCUUCCACACACACCCGGCAGAGGUCGUCUUGCGGACUGCUCGGCUCACACUUUCUCCAGACAAUUAACACAGGGCUUAAUUUGCUCGUUUUGACCAGGAGGGUGGCUGUCUUAAGAAAACAUCUCGGGAAAAAAAAUCCGAUGUACAGCAGUGCAUUUAACCUGAGCACGUCUUUGCGCGUUCCAUCCGCCUGGUGCAGGUCUGAAUGAGACAGUUUUGCCGCCAGCAGCUAAAUGUCUAGAACCUUUGGAAAAGUGUGCGCGCCGCCCUGCGCCACACGGUGAUGAUGGGUGGACCGAGCGCAGCGGAGCGGUAGGGCGCAUUUCUUAGUUUCCCUUCAACGCCGCUUCCCUCCCAUCCAGCCCUGGACACACGACGAGACCGCGGGACGGCCGUGAUCCCCGUUCACACGCGAGGAUUGAUCCGAUGUAUUAUUUACGAGCGAAACUUCAGCAACUUAUCCACUGGAUAUGGCUCCCGGUUUGAGGAGUGGGAGGACAGGUCACCCCGAGGUGGUGGUGGUGGGAGCCGGCGGAGCGGAGCCCGGUGGGGGCUCGCCUCGGAGGACGGAUGCCGGAGGAGAGGGGAGGUUUUUGAGGACCGGGUCGCGAGCCGGAUCAGCGGGGAUGCUUGCGAACUGUCUGCUGUCUGUGGCAGCGCUUUUACUUCUCGUCCGGUGCGCUUUGGCCGCAGAGGAAAAAUCCACCUACGAUGCCUCCGGCUCCUCACCUUUACCGGGUGACCCUGCAGUCACAGGUGCUCUUGCUCACCCCAUGGUUAACCUCUCGGGGACGGAGGAGGUUCAUUCAGAUGGCGACACAGAGUCUGAGGGGGAGGGUUUAUCAGGGCGGCCUGCUUUUUCUUCUGUAUUAACUGUGAUGGCAGAAACUGUCAAACAUCCAGUGAGCCUUGGUCAAAGUAGAACCUUGCCGACUAUCACAAGGGAUGAGACCCAAACCACCCAAUGGCCUUCACAUAGUUCCAGCCAGGCACCGGAGGCAGAAAUGGAUGAGUUAACUGCUGAAACACCCAGGGCAGUUGAGCUCACCUCUCCCAAAGAAAAAGAGGCCAGUCUAGCCCCCUCUCAAUCACUCAGAACCACCCUUUCUGCUGGGCUCACCGAGAGGACAUCUCAGGUAUCACCUCUGACCCCACAACAGGACACCACAACGGCCUCCGUGAAGCUUACGAUCACAACGCCAGCUUCUGCCACAAAGACCCUCGCCUCAGCCACGCCUUUCUUAAGAGUCACCACGCAACCAACCACCACUACCACACCGCAGCCCACGCUCGUGACCAGGAGAGCCACCACGACCAUCAGGACGCAAACCAGCAGAAGAACAUUCACGCAACCCGUCCCGAGAACGAGCCCUCCCAGGGGGGUCCCCACGGUCUUCAUCUCCCCUUUCACCACUACCACAGAGGCGCCACCACAGCAGUGCAACAUCACGGAGAGAAUGUGGGUGAAAACAGUUGUGUCCAUCUACGUGAGGAGAAACAGGCUGGAUAGUAUUCAGAGGCAGAACCUCAGAAGGGGACUAAGUCAAGGUCUCAGGAAAGCUUUGAAUGAUACUGCUGCCCAAGCACAGGUGGAGACUGUAUUUGGUUCUCCCAACAUGACGGUGGCUUAUCACGUGACUGGUGGGGACAUAGUUUACCCUCCGUCUGUAGUGCUGGAGGGCUUGGCGUCCUAUGGCCGUGAUAAGCUGAUUGCAGACCUGCGACAGUAUCUCCCCAUGGUAACGGCCCUGCCCCUCCCAAUUGCAUUAUGGAGAACCAGCCCAGCCGCUGGCUUCCAGCUGAAAACAGUGCUCCAGUUUGUGGGAGCCGGUGAUGAUCCUCGGUCCUGUCGCUUCACUCAGAUGAUGGAACAGAGGCUCGAGAAGGUGUUUUCUGAAGCGCAGGCCAAAGUGCUCAGCUCUAACAGUAGACUCUCUGUGCAGAUCCUGAGUGUCUCUCAGGCAGCAACUUCUCCUGCUGUGUCAUUGGUGUACACUGUGAAGAAUGGGACUGUCUUCCUUAAUGGCACCGCUGCCUCAAACCUCCUCGGUCAGCUUUCAGCUGAGCUGGUGGGCUACUUCCUCUUCUAUCCACCACUUAUCAUUGCUGAGCCACUGGAAUAUCACAAUUUGAACACGUCCAUUGCAACUAGAGACUUCUGGGUUGUUACAGUGAUCCAGGACGUGGAGAACGCCAGCCUGGAGGGGCAGUACCAGAGCUUUGCCAAUCUAAUGGAGCAGCGGCUGGGAGAGCUGUUUGUGCUGGCAGGCCAGCAGGGCACUCGUUUUAGACGAGCAACUACUGUAGGCAGCUUCACUGUCCAGAUGGUGAGCAUUCGUAGAGUCUCAGGGCUGAAGAAUCCAGCAGAGAUGACCUACUAUGUCCAGCACAAUGGCGUUCCUAUAUCGGGCACAUCCGCUGCCAAAAUCCUGAACACAGUGGAUUCUCAGACCAUGGCACUCACCCUGGGCUACUUUGUCCAGCUGCAAGCAGAGCCCGUGGUCAAGAACCCUCCUAAUAACCUCUGGAUAAUCGCGGCGGUGCUCGCCCCGAUCUCCGUGGUAACGCUCAUCAUCAUCAUCAUCACAGCUGUGCUCUGCAGGAAGAAUAAGAACGAUUUUAAAGCUGAUGCCAUCGGUAACCUCAAUCCCCGGGCUAAGACGGCGUAUCGGAGAGAUGUGGGCUAUUAUCACCAGCCAGUCCAGGGUUUUGACUAUGCCAAGCAGCACCUGGGCCAACAAGGGGGAGAUGAGGAGACGCUGCCUGUCAGCCAGGAUACCUUAGUGAUGUCCCUACAAAUUCGGGACACGCCGCUUUCACUAGAAAAAGCCCUGCAACAAGACGGGACGGCCAACAAGAAAAGCCAUACAGCCGACAAACACAAAAGCAAGUUGCCAAGUGAGGACGGUUCCGUCAUCAGCAACGAAUCAGAGAAGCUGAAUUCCGGCAGGGGACUGACGGUGCCGAAAGUCACAGCGCAGCAGAAACUGACAAAGGAGGAGAUCUGCAAUAGGGACGAUCCAUAUGACACCUCCUCUGGCUCCCUGCAGCUCAUUUCCAUAAAGCCCAUGGUGGCUCAGAACAGCUACUCACACCCUGCAUCCUCUGACCGCAGCCAGGACUCAGUCAUCAUCAAUGGAGAGGUGAACUUGGCUCUGAAGCAGAAGUCAGAUAUCGAGCACUACAGGAACAAGCUGAGGCUGAAGGCUAAGAGGAAGGGCUAUUAUGACUUCCCGUCCACCAACGGCAGCGGCAGCGGCCGAGCAGUAGCGCAGAGACAGCGGCCUGGCCAUGAGAGGGCAGCUGGUGAGCACGGCAGACCCCUGGAGCCUGACGAUGAGCGAGGCUCCACGUACGUGAAGUCUCACAGGAGGCACUCCCAGGUAGGGCAGACGGCCUAUCGCAGCAGACAGAGUCUAAGCAGUCCGAGCCCUGGAGGAACAGAGAUGGACUUGCUCGUAAUGAGAGAGAGGCCCAGGAGAGGCAUCCGCAACAGUGGCUAUGAUACUGAGCCAGAGUUGAUUGAGGAGACGAAUGUUGAUCAUCUCAUGGGGCCACGGGGAUACAUGUAUGGCCGGGGAUUGAAAGGCCACUCAGAGACAUCCACUCUGAGCUCACAGCCGUCCAUUGAUGAAGUGCGACAGCAGAUGCACCUGCUGCUGGAGGAGGCAUUCAGCCUGGCUUCAGGGGGGCAGUCCACAUCCGGGAGGCACUCCCACCACCACCACCAACACCACCAGCCCCCUCCGGACCACUACAGCUCGGCACCGCCUCCCCUCCCUUAUGCAGACGUGGUGACCAGUGCUCCCGGGACAAUGAGCUGCGGACGGGGCGGCCUUCAGUGGGUACCAUCUUAUGGUGCAGACGUCUAUCAGUGCAGCUUACCUAAACCAGCCUUUCGCUUUACCCAGCUUCCUGAGAUGGCCACAGGUUCUCCUCCUCCUCUACCACCUCGCACUGGGCCUCCUCCUGGGACCUCCUUAAGACGUUCCACUUCUGACUUGGGCCCUAAAGCAAGGAGCUCAGAGACAUCUGUCACUGAAAUGCGGAGUCAACACGACAGCAACCCAUAUGGGCCAACCACUAGAGCAGCACUUCCAUCUAUAACUGGAGAGCAGCCUGUGUCCAACUACUCAGGAAACCCAAUAACAGCUGUCUACGCCAUCCCAGCCAGUAGAUCCAGCUACUCAGAGUACUUUGUCUCCACACCACCCACCUCCUACCACAGUCCCUCCUGGAUGUCCUAUCCACCGGAACCCGAGGAUGUGCUGCCGCAGUGGGCAGACUCUGUGCCUCUGCCUGGGUAUGUUGAGGCUUUUCCUCACCCUCGUUACCCACAGGGGAGCCCCAUCAGGUUGCCCCUGCAGUACAACCAGACACUGGAGCAGGCGCCCUCGGCCCCUAGCACAGCAUCCCAGCAAAGUCUGCCCCAGGUGCUGAAGGACAUGGACACCAUGCCCCUGAGCAGCCUUUCCACCUCUGCACUCGUGCAGGCGAUCCGCCAGGAGGUGGCCAAGCUGGCUAAGAAACAGAAUGACAUGUUUGAGUUUUAACUCGCGUUUGUUCGGGAGGUGUGCGCCGGCCUUCAACGGUGGCACAUGAAGGCGGCACUCCGUCAGACUCAUUUUUGAUGUUUGUACUGUAAAACAGACUGAUAUUACUGUUAUUAUUUAUCCACGUAUUACCCACUUAUCGAUUUAUUUUCACACACUGUUUGGUGUUUUUCAGCUCCCGACUUAAGGGAACAGAAAAGAGGAUUUUUUUAAAGAAAAAAAAUAUAUAUAUAUUCCAUCCCUUACUGACGAUGUCCCAAGUAACUACUACACGCAUCUCUUUGUAGAUAUGUCAAUAGGAUGUGCUAAAUAGAAAAUCUUUUUCUCCACAAUUAGACAUUUUUUUUUGUGAAUCAGCAUUACUUGAGGGAGAAAAGACGGCAUCAUUAUUCUGUAUGUCUGUACUGAGAGGACCAAAUUAUUCCUGUCAGAUGGGUAAGUAUAAACAGCGGUGUAUAUGAGCAUGUACAGAACAAGGACAUCAUGUAUCUAAUCUCUUUUUAUACACCGUUAGCUUAAAACAAAACAGGCAAUACAUCAAUAUUGGCUCAUUUCAUCUAAGCCCAUGAAAACGAACUGCAUAUGCGUGUUUCAGUUAAACGCCGACUGGAAACCUUGAGAUGCAUCUAUGGGGAUGUAACUUGUGACAGAGUGUUUCUGUUAUUGUUUCUUUUCUUUUCUUUUCUUUUUUCAAAAUGCAGAGAAACUUUCCGAUUGCACUGCAAAGUUGUUUUUUGGUUUUGCAAAAAAUUACACUGACUUUUUUCACAUUUUAUAGACCCUUCCUUUGAGCUCCAAUAGCUAGUUAUAAUAGUAUAUUACCAUUGUUGAAUACUUUGACUUUAAUAUAUGUUUCACUGUUCUUGAGGAAAAUUGAUUAAAACGAAUCCAACAAUAAUAAUUAAAAAACUGAGUGAGCCGAUACGUGCAGCUAGAUGAACAUCACACAUACUGAGCUUGACGUUUUGCGGAUGAUUCUGUGAACUUUCCCCACAACUCAAAAAGAAUUCGCUCUGCUGCUGGCGGUGGUGCCACAGUUUCUCAUCAAGUUAAGCUAUAAACAGAGAUGUGUUCGUGGUUUGUUUACUGCCCCUAAGACAUCUGAAUAGUCUCAGUGGGCACAUUUCAUGAAUAAAAUACAAAGUUCAUGUAAAUUAUUGACCUAAUAAGGGAUUCUGCAUCAGUACUCCCUUGUGCGUUUGUGCAACAAUGCAAAUGCCUGCCGGACUGAGUUUUCCAAGAACAGCUCAGAGGCGAGCUUCACGAUGAAUAUAUCAUUGUAUAUUAUGAGUGUGACGGUAGUCAUCCAGUUUGCAAAGUGUGUACGGCAGACAUUUGGCUUGCAAAACUAAUUUUAUAACUACCGAUAUGUUUAAAUCAGCCAGGCAGUACACAUGAUGAAGAAGCAAAAUAAGCUUCCACAUUCAAAUUAAAUAUAAUUCAUGUAAAAGCAGAUACAAUAUAAAACUAAAAGGAAAAAUUGAAACAACUAAUUAAACAUUAGGUUCCAGGUCCAGUGCUGGUCACAAUACAAUUAUUACUACUAUGUCAAAGGAACAAAAUAACAAGUGUAGUGCAUUCGGUGAACCAUCGGAGCAUUCAAGUUGUAGCAGACUUAUUUAAAGUGUUUUAAUUUUACAAAUCAUUAGUUUUAAUCAUUUAAUCUGAGAUUUGUCCUUCCCUAAAAAAUUACGCCUACUCAUACUUCACUGCAUCAUAAAAUACUCCAGUUCAUUAUGAUGACUUCUUAAUGCAGAAUUGUUGCCUUGGGAAUGGAAAGGGGGAGCUACCUACAGAUGAGUGCAUGUCAGGCCUACAGCAGGGGUGCUGCCAUGUGUUUGCAUUAACAGUGAGAUGCUAUAGAUUACCUACUGUUAAGAGCAUCAUGUCGGAUCACGUGGGAUUCUUUGCUGAUUGUGUUUCAGUCACAGAAAGCCCGUUAUUUACAACACAUAGAAAGACAGCUACAAGGGGAGAUGCCUUUGAAUCAUUAUUGCUUUAGAGAACAGUAUUUUUUUGCAUCAUGCCUAUUGAUCAAAUCCUGAAAACCUCUCUUCCGAGAACUGUUCUUUUAUACUCAUGCCUGAGGUGUGUAAGUAGGUUUAAGGAAACUCAACAAAAACUGUGUUGUUGCUUGUUUUCCCGAAUCAUUUAUCUCAUUAUUAAGAGGAGCACUUGUGUCUUAAGAGCUGUAGUACAUACAGUGGAACCAUCUUUUUUUUGUGUAUACCCGAAGUGAACACCUUUCCAUAUUCUCAUGCUGGACGACUGAGGAAACUUAGUGAUGUUAAACAAAAGGGAUUGAGGGGAUUUGUUGGUUCAAAAGUAUUUAUUCUAUAAAAUGAAGUUCAAAUUGAGCAAAUCAUUAAAAAUCAAUGUCUUUUUUUGUCUUCCUCACUGGUUUCCUCAUUUCAUUUUCAUCUGCUUGAUCUUGUUAUAUUUGAUGUUCCUGAUCAAACAGAGAGACAGAGAGAAAGAUGGAGACAUACAAGACAUAUUUAGCCUACAUGACUCAAAUGAAAUAAAGGAUUUUACUAGAAGAA